AUGUCAACUAAUUGGAAUUCUUGAAUUUGUUGUGAGGAGGAGGGAUAUGAAUUUGUGAUGGUACCUACGAGUGGCGUAGUAAGGUGCAAGUUCAGUAAUUAAUUAUGUAGAUUAUCAAAGCUAUUGUUCACACACAGAUAGAUCGCUGUGAAUUAUAAAAAGUGCAUGCUUGUUCUCACGUGCUGCGAAGAAAGUUUUCUAGUUAUUGUGAAAGGUGUACGUUGAUAACACCAGUGUUACUGUGUUUCAUCGAGAAUUUUAGUGAUUAUCUCGUUCUGACGCAGCUCGCGUUAAGCUCCAUUUAUUUUAAAUGCCUGUGUAAUAAACGAUGAUAUAAAAUAUCAAUGUCGCGUGUAAAACCGAGUGAUACAAUGCCCAAAAUCGGGCAUGUGACCGACUUGCGGGAGCAGUGGCUAGUGCGGACCGACGGCGCCCUUGCGCAUCAUUUGCAGGACCGGGAGAUCUCGUCGCAUCUCUGCGAGAACAGGUACCGCAACCAACAGAUCCGGGAAGACUUCCCUUUGGCGCUAAACGAGCAAAGAGACAUAGAACAUGAGGUUCGGUUGCGAGAGCUCGCCCGCCGGAGACAGGCGGACAUCGACGCGGAGAUGGCGAGAGAAAUGGCCGAGAUAAACCUUCGUAGACAACGUUCCAAACAAAAUCCAGAAGCAACCCCUCCAAUACCUCAACCGUGCUCUUCCAAAGCACUCCCGCCUCCAGACAUUGACCCAGAAGAACUUGGCUUAUCUGCAGCUGAGAUUGAAGAGAUGAGGUUCCGUUUAGAAAUGGAAGAAAGGGAUGCAAGAUUGGCAAGAGCACUCAGCCAGGGCCAAGAUGAAUUACUUGCUGAUAUGAAAUGUGCUGUAGAAGCUCAAGAUGGGGAACUGGCUAGACUGCUCCAGCAAAGAGAGUACAAGAAACUGCAACGGGCAAAGGAGAAGGCAAAACAAAAGGCACUACUAAAAAAGCAACAAAGAUUGCAGCAAAUGCCUUUGCCAGAGCCUCCGCAGGCUACGCUAUGUGAUGCUUACAGCAACCCAAGAGACAUGAUUAGGGAAGGAAUGGGAGUUCGAGAAAAUGGACUACGGCUUUGUAAAUCAGUUGACUCCGACUUGAAUUAUGUUGAACCAUUUGAGCGUGAGCAUAUUCAGUCAAAAGACAGUGCAUUGCUAUCCAAAGAAAUAUCCAAACAAUAUUACACUCAAGAAGCUAGUACAUCAAGUUCCAAUUUAAAUAUAACGCAUAAGCACUCAAAGUCGUUUGAUACAGAUAAAUCAAAUAGUUCGAUGCACCAUAGACACCCUCCGCCUCCACCGUCAACUGGGAAGAAACCAAGAUUCCCUGAUCCAGUAAGUAUUAGACCUGCAUCACAUUAUCCUACUGAUAACAUACUGUCAGACAGUCCAAAUAGUCCAAACACUUCAUUGCAACAUAGUAUCAGUGAAAAUAAUAAUCUAUACAGCUCAACCUACCCACCUGAUCAUUCCAUGCCACAGCAACAGGGUUUCGACCGGCCUGACCCAUCCAAAAGGCUGUCAGUAAUAUCGGACAUAACAGCUGAAGGGCUUGCAAAAAAAAAGAGUAAGCAAGCUGAUAUGCAGAAGAAAAGAAGGGGAUGCAAGAUACAAUAAUAGUGUAUUUUCAGAGAAUAGAGCAGUGUUUUGUUCACUCCAUAAAAUAAAAACCUUUGUGCCAGGUUUAUUAGACAAACUCAUAUAACAAAAAAAGAUACCUUUUAAGAUAACUAGAGUAUAAACCAUCUCUAUUCCAUUUUUUAGUAAAAAUGCACAGAAACUGCCCAUUUUUGUAGGAGAGUUUAGAGCUCAGCACCUUUCAGAAAUCUUCAGUUAAUUAGAAUAGGGAAUGUUAACAAUUCAUGAGUAUGCAUUCAGCAACAACAAAAUUACAGAUCAUCCCUUGUCCAGUGGAACAUAUACAGUUAAGUAGUCAUUACUCACUUGGCAAUGCUACAGUUAUUCUUAGAAACAGCAUUAGAAUAAACACAGGGAGCCUGCUAAUAGAAAACAAAUCAUAUUAUUUUGUAAUUAAGUUUAAUUUCCCUUGCUUUCUAUUGGAAUACAAGAAGAUCAUUUUUCUACAAUCAUAAACAUUUAAUGGUCAAUUAAUGAUGAAAGUUCAAUGACAUUCUAUUUCUACAUUUAUAUAAUAGAAAGGCUUUUUAUAGCCAUUUAGAAUGAUAUAUUAUAUAUGUUAUUAUAUAGUCAUUUAGCUACAGGGUGCAACUAAGACUUUAGUACUAAAAACGGUGUUAACAAAAACGGAAAAAAAAACUUGUUUUUUGAGGUACAUUAUAUAUUGUUUACUAAUAUAGUUUGUAACUUGUCUAAUUUUUACACUUUUUAAUAUGUUAAACUAUCCAGUAUUUUCAUUUUUAUUAGUACUAGUUGAAUACCAUAAUAUGUAAUCCUGUCUUUUAUAACUAACAGUAAUAUUGGAAAAAAGUGACAUAUUUCAAUAUCGAUAAAGGUUGGUGAACAAGUGAAUUGGUGAAUUGUAACUUGAAUAUUUUUUUCAUUUAGUUCUUAAGAAUUUAUUUAUUCCUUAUUUACUUUGUUGUACCUGCAGAUAAAAACCAAUAAGUGUUUCUUGAUAGACCCAUACUGUAUUAAUAAUGGCCAGAAAACAAUUAUUAAAAAAAAAAUAUUUAAAAAAAAAUUUAUUUAAAAAAAAAAUGCCAGGGCAUGGGUGUUGUUCACCCUUUGUUAAUUUUAAAGUGAAUAUGCUGUUCUUAAGGAUUAUUACUUUGAACUGACCUUAAUUCAAUAUCAAUAUGUAUAGUUUGGGACUAUCAAAAGGCCCAUAAUUAUCGGUUUGUAACUUUUGUUUAGGCCUGAGCGCCAGCAUUUAGUUUUAAGAAAUCAUAAUAUUUUACAUUCCAGAUUUGUGUGAUUUCUCUAUUAUUUUCUUUGUUUCUCUCUUUGAUCUCAAUACAGAGCUCUUUUUAUGAUGUUUGAUCUUUUAUGGAAAUGGGUAAUUUGUAUGUAAUUACUUAAUUGUAUUUCUGAUUAAUCUUUGUUUUUAUGGCAUACCUAAUUAAACAGGUCUUUAAACUUUGAAGUAUUUCAAAUUAAUGAAUAUUUUACUCUUUUGUGAAUCUCACUCGUUUUUAAAUUUAAAAUCUCUCAUAAAAAAUAAAUAAAUAAGAAAAUUACAGCACAAAGCUAUUAUUUUCUAAAAUGAAAGGCUUCAAGGUGUUGUGUAACUUAGAAGAUUUUGUUUGUUUGCCUGAGAAGGGCAAGCAGAAGAAGAAAAAAUGUUCAAUUAAAGAAAUUAAUUAUAAGUUUUGUGGUAAUUUUGGCAUAAAAUUGAUUAUUGUACUUAAUAUUCAAAUUUUAAUUAAGACUGAUAAACAUUAUAAGUUAACCUUUUAUAACACAAAUUAUUUCAAACUGAAAACGUUUUGUUUACUUAUACUCUACUAAUCAAAAAAAAAAAUAAAAUAGUACUGUUAGUAAAUUGUUUAAUUAUCUGGUGCUCUUUUUUCUACUUUAUUGUAGAUUAAUAUUUUUUACCUCAUUAUUAUGCGGCUCUCUAAAAUUUUUAACUUAGAAAUCUCAUUAUAUUUAAAGUCUCUGAACUUAUGCGAAUUUUGUGACGUACUUUUCUCACGGUAUAGUAAGUAUAAUAAUAUACCUAAGAGUUAUCUGCAAACUGCCAUAAAAAUCGAUCAAUUAAAAAACUGAUCGUCACUGUCGGUCUGAAUAUCGGUCGAAUGUUCGCAUUUGUUUUAAUGUGAUGUUAUUUUUUUUGUAAGGUUUUUUUUAUAUAACUUUUUUAUUGUAAAAUGAAUGAAUAUAAAACUAAUGUUAUAAACUUAUACGUAAGUACAGUUUAAACCUCGAUUGAAAAAUAUGAUUGAAAAUUAUCAUCUGUAGGGCUAGAACGGGUGCGGCGAGAUAAUAGGUAGACAUAAUUUUCGUGGGGUGCGCAUGAUUUAAUACAUUGGUUUUUUUUUGUAACUCAUAACCAGUAUGUAACCAGUGCGGUGGCCGGUCGUCAGUUAGAACCCCAGCAUGCGGGGACCGUAGUGUUACAUGUAACCCUAGUCCUUUACCGCAACAUCCACCUUGCUAACCGCAAAAACAAACGCACUAUAGUAACAAAAACCGCAUAGCCUUUUAGUAUUAUCCGCUAUAAAAACUGAAGGUAUGAAAAGAAACGCCAGCGGAUGCCAAAGUAAUCUGCAAUUUGUUUUUGAUGCUGCGUCUAUCGGACGGUUCGGAGCAGCCAAAUCAAAGAGUAAAUAAAAAACAGCGAGGCGUCAUGAAAUAAUCCUACAAGCGAAGCACCUAAAUUGUACGUAUAUUAUAAUAAUGAAUAAUUAAUAAAGAAAGUUAAACUUUAUGCAGUAACAAGCAUAAUUUCGUUUAAUUUAUGGUGUUAUUACCUCAUAACUCUCUCGCUUCCACUCGCUCGUUUCAACUUUUGUGCGUUUUGUUUUCAUCUUGAAAGUUCCGAUAGUGCGUUAGAUGAUACGAGUGAACAAGUUUUUUAUGGUUGCUUUUAAUCAUAUGUCUGACUGCAAAAUGGGUAGUUAUAAACAUUCAUUUUACAAGAGUAAUAAAUAAGAAUGAUUACUGUAAGUAACGAUUAGCUUUAAUUGCAAUGUACGGCCUUAAGCGUGCCUUAAUGAAACCGAACCAAACUCGACUAUUGAUGAUUAACUUAAUAUUUGAUUAAAAAUAAAUAAUGAUUAUAUUACAUACAA